AAGGACAGAGCGUCCAUCGACUUUGAACUAAUUUUCACCGGUUCAAUUGUUCAUUUUUUUUUUUUAAAUUAAAAACACCAACCACCUGCCCGUUAUAACCUUGCUACAGUAGCUGAACGUCAUCGGCGUUUCUAAAAAUAUUCGUCCAUUUGAGUUGCCAGGAAAUUCAAAAACGAAAAUUAUCACGGUCGUUGCAUAUAGUGCGUGUUUCCGUGUGCAAUCAACUGGUCACUACUAACUGAGAAAUGAAAACCGUCAGACUUGUAAGUAGCGGCCUGGAAAUGCCGAUAGUGGGCCUGGGAACGUGGAGGGCGCAGCCCCAAGAAGUCGAAAGUGCCGUGAAUGCCGCUCUGGAGUGCGGAUACAGACACAUCGAUACUGCAUUUAACUAUAACACAGAAGAACCGAUAGGAAACGUCUUAAAAGCCUGGCUGGACUCUGGUAAAUUGAAAAGAGAGGACCUAUUUAUAACCACAAAGCUGCCAAAUUUCGGAAACAGACCGAGCGACGUGGAAAGAUUCCUAAAUCUAUCCUUAGAAAAACUACAACUAAGUUACGUGGAUCUGUACUUGAUGCACAUGCCGUUCAGUUUCCAUUUAAACGAGGCCACCAUGGCCCCAUUGAUCAACGAGGACGGCAGCUUUAGUCUGGAUUUGGUCGAUUACGUGGACACUUGGAAAGUGAUGCAAAAACAAGUGGAGCAAGGCAAAGUAAGAUCGAUCGGGGUGUCGAACUUCAACGCGGAACAACUUCGAAGACUUCACGACUGUGCGGAAAUAAAACCGGAAGUGCUACAGGUGGAAAUGCACGCGUACUUGCAGCAAAAAAACUUACGGCAGUUGUGUCAAAGUUUAAAUGUAGCGGUGACGGCUUACUCGCCCCUGGGAAGUCCCGGGGCCAACAGUCACUUUAGCGCGAAAUAUAAUUAUUCACUAAAUGAUUUUCCAGACAUUUUAGGGCAUCCUUUGGUAAAGGAAUUAGCGGAGAAAUACUCGAAAUCCCCCGGGCAGAUACUCUUAAGGCACCUCACCCAGGAAAACGUCAUAGUGAUCCCAAAAAGCGGGAACCCGGAACGUAUUAAAGCGAACUUGGACAUUUUCGACUUCGAACUGGAACAAGAGGAUCUGACCAAGUUGGACCAGCUGGAUAAGGGAGAGAACGGCCGGAUUUUCAACUUUUUGUUCUUUAAAGGGGUCGAAAAUCAUCCUUGUUAUCCCUUUAAAAAGCCCGAAGAGGUCCUCGAAAGGCAGGAAGAGCGGGAGGGAAGCACCAAGCAGUUGUGAUUUAUUUAAGCACGUUGAACAAUAAAGGACUACUUUUAAAUAA